CUGAAGGAAGCAAGGAAUGUCGCGAGAAAUGAAGUAUGUGCAACAAUGUAUGGGUGCCAAUGGGCUUGAAAAAAUCAUUCUUAGAGAAGUUCGCGGCUUCUCUGCUGAGGUUUAUUUAUAUGGGGCCCAAGUUACAUCAUGGAAAAAUGACCUUGGGGAAGAAUUGCUUUUUGUCAGUAGUAAGGCUAGUUUUAAGCCUCCAAAAUCCAUACGUGGAGGUAUUCCAAUAUGCUUUCCUCAAUUUUCAAAUCACGGAUCUCUUGAGCAUCAUGGAUUUGCAAGGAACAAGUUUUGGACCUUAGAUCCUAAUCCCCCACCAUUUCCAACAAAUAGCACAAACAAAGCUUUCAUUGAUUUGAUUCUUAAGCACUCUGAAGAUGAUAAAAAAAAUUGGCCUCAUAGAUACGAGUUUCGUUUGAGGAUAGCUUUGGGACCUGCAGGAGAUCUGAUGUUGACAUCUCGCAUUCGAAACACAAAUACAGAUGGAAAAUCCUUUACCUUCACAUUUGCCUAUAAUACAUACUUCUAUGUUACUGACAUCAGUGAAGUGCGAAUUGAAGGAUUAGAGACAUUAGAUUAUCUGGACAACUUGAAGAAUAAAGAACGAUUUACUGAACAAGGGGAUGCUAUAACAUUUGAGUCUGAAGUGGACAAAGUAUACUUAAGCACCCCCACGAAAAUUGCUAUCAUAGACCAUGAAAGGAAGAGAACUUUUGUACUGCGAAAAGAUGGACUUCCAGAUGCCGUGGUAUGGAAUCCAUGGGACAAAAAAGCAAAAUCCAUAUCUGAUUUAGGGGAUAAUGAAUACAAACAUAUGCUUUGUGUUCAAGCUGCUUGUGUAGAAAAACCAAUUACUCUUAAACCAGGUGAAGAGUGGAAAGGAAGGCAAGAAAUAUCUCCAGUUCCUUCAAGUUAUUGUAGUGGUCAACUUGACCCACGGAAAGUGCUUUUUAGUUAUUAG